GGUUCCUGUCUGGCUGGUGGGCAAAGGAAACGGAGGUGUUACUGGAACUAGUUUAGAUGUGUCGACUCCGUGAUCAGCGGUAGUUGUCAUCAUUGCGUUUGGCGUCGCGUGUGUCCGCCCCAGUCCGGCCCAAUAAGUUGGCCAAAAGCGAACCAGUGAAGGAAAACGCGCUAAGAAUUGACAUUUCGGCUGGCGUCGCUGUCGCAGACGCUGUUGCUGUUGCUGCUUCUGCUGCUGCUGUCGUGUGGCAGAAAAGUUGUUAACCAAACCACAGAGACAACUGUUGCCUCAGAAGCGAUCGGACCUUACUACCCAGCAGACGGUCCUGCCUGUCUAACGCACGAGACCAAGACCGAAACCGAGAUCGAGAACUUCGUCUUCGUCUUUGCCGUCGUAGUCGCAGCCGUGAAUGCCAUCGGGGCAACGUGCCUGGCAUUCCAAAAGAAAUUCCGAGUCGCGAUUCGUUGUUGCGGUUCUAUAAACGAUAUAGCAGACAAGUUAUAUAUGGUAUCCUCAGUUCAAAACGAAAACAAAUUGGGAAGAUAACAGCAACAAAAACAGCAGCAAAAAACAAAAACAACAACGAAAAUGUUUGCAUUUUUGCGGAUUUUAUUACUUUGUGUGCAUUUGCUGCAUUUUAAAAUAAUCUCGGGAGUGGAUCUGGAUCUGCAAGAGGCAUUUGGCGGUGCAGGAGCAGCAACAGGGGCACCUGCGGUGUGGCAGAAUGUUGAAAUCAAGGCGGCGCCCCAGGCAGGAUCUGCCUUGGUCAAUGCCACAGUGGAGCAGCAACUUGGAGUGUCUGUGGAAGAUCCCUCGUCACCCAGCCUGGAUCGGAGACAGCGUCAACUCUUCUUCGAUCCGACGCUCUUUCUCCUGCAGGGCGGCAUGGGCGGACUUGGCGGCCUGGGCGCCAUUGGUGCCUCUGGUGGAUGGGAGGGUUCCAAGUGCCUUACGAGUCAGGGUCAGCCCGGAGCUUGUGUCCGCAUCAACAACUGCCGACAGUACUAUCGGGUGGCCCGACAGCUGACGUUCAUAUCGCUGCGGCAGUGGCCACAGCAACCCCAGCAAAACCUCGGCUUGGGCGGAAACCUCUGCAACUUCUUCGACCAGCUUGGACGCAUCAACAAUGGCAUCUGCUGCACGGACAUGGAUGCCAACACAUUCGGAGUGUUUCCCUUGCCUACCCCAACGACAACAGAGAAACCUUCACCGGUAGCCGAUGAGGGAGAUAAAGUGGAUGAGCCCGAGGAGGAGCCUGUCAAUGUGGAUCAGCCAGCUGACGAACCACAUCCGGAGGAUCCCAUUGAUAAUGUUAACAGUGUGGAGGACACGCCGGACUUUCAGGAUGUAAACACAAUCGAGGCAAAUGCUCCAGAACCCGAACCCGAACCCGAACGGGAGGCGGAACCAGAUGUAGAGACGAUACCUGUGUCAGCCACACCUGUCUACCCGUACCAGUGGCCAUUUGGUUCAUUUGCAGGAGGCCCCGUGGCUCAGUGGCCACCACCACUGCCCACACAUCCACCUACAACUGGCGGCUGGCCGCCACCGCUGCCCACGCAUCCGCCCAACCAUCACUAUCCGACGCAUCCCGCGACGGCCGGAGUGCCCAGACCCACCACAGUGCCCAGCACCAAGCGUACGACUCCAAGACCCGCCGCCAGGCCUACCACCACCAAGCGUCCCACCUAUCCAAGCUAUCCGGUGACCUCGACGACCACGCGACGUCCAGUGAGCGGCUCCAGUGCCGAGGGCUUGCCGCUGCAGUGUGGCAACAAGAAUCCUGUGUCGCCGGAUCAGGAACGCAUUGUGGGCGGAAUCAACGCCAGUCCGCACGAAUUUCCCUGGAUAGCGGUGCUCUUCAAGUCGGGCAAACAGUUCUGUGGCGGCAGUCUGAUAACCAACAAUCACAUCCUCACAGCAGCUCAUUGUGUGGCACGCAUGACCUCGUGGGAUGUGGCGGCAUUGACUGCCCACCUGGGUGACUAUAAUAUUCGAACGGACUUUGAGGUGCAGCAUGUGUCGCGCCGCAUCAAACGACUCGUGCGGCACAAGGGUUUCGAGUUUAGCACACUGCACAAUGAUGUGGCCAUUCUAACGCUCAGUGAGCCUGUGCCCUUCACACACGAGAUUCAACCAAUUUGCCUGCCCACAUCGCCGUCCCAGCAGUCGCGCUCGUACAGCGGCCAAGUGGCCACGGUUGCCGGCUGGGGCAGUCUGCGGGAGAACGGACCACAGCCGUCGAUACUGCAGAAGGUGGACAUACCCAUUUGGGCGAAUGCCGAGUGUGCUCGUAAGUACGGACGUGCAGCGCCAGGUGGCAUCAUCGAGUCGAUGAUUUGUGCUGGCCAGGCCGCCAAGGAUUCCUGCAGCGGCGACUCUGGUGGUCCCAUGAUAAUCAACGAUGGCGGACGUUACACUCAGGUGGGCAUCGUUUCGUGGGGCAUUGGCUGUGGCAAGGGUCAAUAUCCGGGCGUCUAUACGCGUGUCACGUCGCUGCUGCCCUGGAUCUACAAGAAUAUCAAAUAAAUCUAGUAUUUCGAUUAGUCUAAGACGUGAUAUGUAAUAAAUCGACAAAAAAGUUAACGAA